AACAUGGCGAUUACCUUCUUCCCCGCGUCCCGUUGUUUCUCUCUCUAAAUCUUUUCUCUCUCUCUCUCUCUCCUCUUUCCCCUCAGAUCAGCAAAGCAUCAAUCACACUGCACACAAUUUUCCUUCUCAUAAACCCUAGUUUCCACUCUCUGUACUGCAAAUGAUUACAAUUUCUGGUCCUAUUAUUCCCGUUUCAUGAAGCAAUUCCGUCGACGCACGAGGAUUUUCAUCCUCUCUCUGCUCUUUCUCUCUGUUUUCGCCCCAAUUCUCCUGCUAUACGAAUCCAAUGGAUUGGUUGAUGAUUUAUCAAGUUUGAAAGGUAGGAGAGAUCUGCUGAAGCUGAAUCUGAUAAAGCAGGAGGAAGGUGUUGGGUUAAGAGAACCUAUUUUGAAGGUUUACAAAGAUGUAAAGGUUGAUGUUGCUGUCGGUUCCAGAGUCGCGGAUUCGGGUAUUAAGUCUGAUGAUGUUGGAAGCGGUGGAAAUAGUGAUUUGACGAAAGGAAAUGGAGAUCUUGAUGCAAAAGGAAUUAAUGGACAGAGCCAUGAAGAGAAAAGACUGGGAGAAGUUAGUCGUGCAACACUAGGGCAUGAUCAGGAUGUACAACCACAAGCACGGAGGGUACUAAUGGAUACGAAGGUUAAAGAGAUGAAAGAUCAGCUGAUAAGGGCCAAAGCUUACUUGAGUUUUGCAGUGCCAGCUGGCAACACUCGUUUAAUAAAGGAAUUACGGUUACGGAUUAAAGAAUUAGAACGAGCCAUGGGAGAUGCCACCAAAGACCCCGAUUUGUCUAGGAGGGCGUUUCAGAGGAUGCGGUCCAUGGAACAUUCGUUACAAAAAUCCGCGCGGAUUUAUCCCGAUUGCUCUAGCAUGGUGAAGAAGCUUCGUGCGAUGGCUAACAACGCUGAAGAACUGGUUCGGGUACAAAAGGAGCAAGAGUCUUUUCUUGUACAGCUGGCAGGAAGAACGACUCCAAAGGGGCUUCAUUGUCUUUCAAUGAGGCUAACAGCUGAAUAUUUUGCUUUAAAUCCUGAAGAGAGAAAGCUUCCUAGGUAUCCAGAAGUGCACGAUUUAAAUCGUUAUCAUUUUGUCGUGUUUUCUGAUAAUGUUUUGGCAUGUUCUGUUGUGGUGGACUCGACUGUUUCCUCUGCAAAGGAGCAAGGGAAAAUUGUGUUUCAUGUGGUGACAGAUUCACUCAACUUUGCAGCAUUCUCAAUGUGGUUCAUAUUACAUCCUCCUAAAAAAGCUUCGGUCCAGAUUCAUAACAUCGACAAUUUCGAUUGGUUCACUAAAUACGACCCACCAAACACCGAUGGCCAUGAUUCACAGGACCCACGAUAUUCAUCUACUUUAAACCACCUAAGAUUUUAUUUACCAGAUAUUUUCCCGACGUUAAAUAAGAUCGUACUUCUAGAUCAUGAUGUUGUCGUACGAAAAGAUUUAACACACCUUUGGAGAGUAAAUAUGAUGGGAAAAGUCAACGGGGCUGUCAAGAGUUUUCAAGGAAAUGAUCCUGCGUUUCGCAGAAUGAAUUUGUUACUCAACUUAUCUGAUCCAAUGGUGGGAAAAAGAUUUAGCAACGAGGCGUGCACGUGGGUGUUUGGUGUUAAUGUGUUUGAUAUGCAAAAGUGGAGGAAAUGGAAUUUGACCAGUGUUUAUAACAAAUACCUGCAACUGGGGAAAAAGAAGCCAAUGUGGAAAGCUGGUACCUUACCCUUAGGUUGGAUGACGUUUUACAAUCAGACCAUUGGUUUGGACCGAAAAUGGCAAAUUCAUGGGUUGGGAUAUUAUUCCGGUAUUAAACAAGAAGAUAUCGAGCGGGCAGCAGUCAUACACUAUGAUGGAGUUAUGAAACCAUGGUUAGAUAUCGGUAUUGAGAAAUACAAAACGUACUGGAGAAAACAUGUCGAUUUUAAUCACCCGUAUUUGCAGCAGUGCAAUAUUGCCUGAUAUCUCUCAACCAAAUUCUUAUUAAACACAACAGGAACAAGAGUUUUUUUUUUCCUUUUCUUUUUUUCACUUUCCAAAAUCAUUUUUUUUCGACUUCCAUAUCCAUACUUUUACACACUAACACCCGUUUAGCCAUAGUUUUCUUUUUCUUUUUUUUUUGUUUAUAUUACUUGGUUUAGUACCAACUUCACUUAUAUGGAACUAUAAGUUCUUAAUAUAUUGAUUCUUUUAGCAGUUGA